AUGGCCACAUCUGUUGCUCUCCUUUGUCUAUCAAUUGCCAUAAUUGAAUCCAUGGCAGGAAUUCUAGGAGAUGGAAUUAUCUUGGCUGUCAGUGCAUCUAGCUGCAUUGGGAGCAAAACAUGGUCUCCAUAUGAUAUGAUCAUGAUCUCUCUGAGUUCAUCUAGAAUCAUUUUGCACUCCUGGACUAUACUGGAUUUUUUCAUGAGUAUAUUUUCUGAACACUUGUAUCGUGAAGAAAAUGUAUUUAUAGUUUCCAAUACAGCUUUUAUGUUUCUGAACUGCUCCAGUCUCUGGUUUGGUGCCUGGCUUAGCGUCUUCUAUUGCAUCAAGGUUGCCAGUUUUACACGGCCUUUCUUCAUCUGGAUGAAGCAAAGAAUUGCCAGGCUGGUACCCUGGAUGCUGCUCACAUCAUGCCUCCACUCCUUUGCAGCCGCAAUUCCCUUCGCCUUAGAUCUCUACAAUGGGCACAACAACUUCACUGCUCCUUUACCCAUGACAAACUCUUCAGCAAUGAGAAUCACAAGGAAAGACAACUUGACUUUAUUGAUUUAUCUCUGUAAUGCAGCUAUAAGUUUGCCUUUAAUACUGUCUGUUGUUUCAAGUGUCCUGCUGAUUCGGUCUCUGUUGGUACACACCAGACAGAUGCAAAAUAAUGCAAGUGGCUUCAGGGAUCCCAGCUUAGAGGCCCAUACCAGUGCUAUCAAGUCAAUCUGUUCCUUAUUUAUCUUCUACAUUACAUAUUUUACUUGUUUGCUUCUUCUCUUAAGCAAUACUUUUUCAUUUUUAAGUGAUGGGGAAACCAUAUGUAUGGUUAUAAUGGCUGCCUGUCCCACAGGACACACAUUGGUCUUAAUUUGGAGCAAUCCAAAAUUUCGAGAGCUGACAGCUAGGAUUUGGCACCACACUAAAUGUCCACUCAGAACCACAUCCACGUAA